GUCUCUGAAGUCGAGAAUAUCUAUCCAUGUUCGCCCAUCCAACAAGGCAUCCUGAUCAGUCAAACCAAAGAUCCUCAGACUUACCAGGUCUAUCAGGCCUGCGAGGUCAUUUCUCGGGAUCGUCCAGUAGAUGUAAACCGGCUUGCAUCUGCUUGGCAAGCAGUCGUUGCCAGACAUGCCAUCUUGCGAACCAUCUUCUUCGCGGCCAGCUCCAGUGUCGAUCCUUUCUACCAGGUGACACGAAAGCACUGGAAACCAGAGGUUCUAAGGACCGGUUGCCUUAGUCCAUAUGGUGUGAUCGCUGCAUUUAAGAAUCUUGGUCGACCGGAAUAUGCAGAGGGCCAUCCUCAACACCGACUGGCAUUUUGUGAAACAGCGACAAAGCAGAUAUAUCUCCAAUUCAACGUCAGCCAUGUGUUGUUGGAUGCACCCUCACUUCAGAUUGCUCUGCAGGAUCUGUUCCGUAUCUACGAUGAUAGCCCUUUCCAUGUUCCAGCGCCAUCAUACGACACCUACAUUUCAUUCCUGCAGGAGACACCGGCAAAUAAAUCUCUCACAUACUGGACUGACAGACUGAAAAAUGCUCCAUCGUCCAACUUCCCACGAUUGACAACUCGACCAUCAGAGAAGAGGCAAUUGAGACACGCUGUUGCAGAGUUUGACGAUGUCCAACAGGUCAAUGCCUUCAGGGACACUCAUGGCGUGAACGCUCCGAUUGCCAACAUCGAUGCCAUGGUUGGGCCGAUGAUCAACAUGACUGUCACUCGUAUUCAAUUGCAAGACGGAUUGUCUCUUGCAGAGGCUGCCAAAAAGGUACAGGAUGACAAUCUGGCCGCAUCCCACCAUCAGCGAACGUCACUUGGCGAGAUCCACCAUGCUCUGCAACUCGGUGGUCGACGCCUUUUCAACUCGACAGUCUCGUACAAACGGGAAUUAGUGGCCAAUCCAGCUGAUGCCUCUAGCCUCACAGCCAAGACCAUCUCUGCCGAGGAUCCUACUGAGUAUGAUGUGAAUGUCGAUGUCAUCGGAGGACGGAACAGACUCAGACUGUCUCUUCAAUAUGCAACUUCGCUCCUCGAUGACAGGUUAGCCCAUAGGGUGUUGGACAGUCUACAAUCCACUCUUCGAUUCCUCAUCCACAACGCCUCUUGCCAACUUCGCAACGUGGAAGUCAUUUCACCCACAGAUGUUGAAUUACUCCGACAGUGGAACAUGGUGAUACCAGAACCCAAGCACAGGAUGGUGCAUGAUCGCAUCGCAGAGAAGAACUGCCUGUCUCCAUCAUCUCCUGCCGUCACUUCAUGGGAUGGACAAUUGACCUACGCGGAUUUGAAUCAGCUCGCAGACAGAUUGGCAUGGCAAUUGACGAAGCUCGGCAUUCAUAAAGAAGUCAUGGUUGGUUUGUGCUUUGAAAAGUCCAUGUGGGCCAUUGUGUCAAUGCUCGCGGUCCUUCGAGCUGGAGGUGUCGUUGUGCCUUUGGGAAGCCAUCUUCCUCUGCAACGACUGCAGUUUAUUGUUGAAGACACUGCUGCGCCUGUUAUUCUAACAUCCAAGUCUCAUGCUGGUCAAUUCAAGAAGAUGUCAGAUCCUGCGCAUGUUCUGAUCAUCGACGAUGCCUUUAUUGCCGAACUGCCUCGAAAGGCCAGUCCCAUCGUCUCUCUCCCCUCCGGCCCCAGCAAUGCUGCUGCUGUCAUCUAUACGUCUGGCUCUACUGGCCAGCCCAAGGGAGUCGUCCUCACCCACCAGUCUUUGUCGACCAGCAUCGAGAAUCAUGGCCCAAAACUGAGAAUUGGUCCAAACACCAGAGCGGUGCAGUUCUCCGCGUACGUCUUUGAUCUUAGUUUGCUGGAUAUCUUCACCACUCUGCGAUUUGGAGGCUGUGUCUGUGUGAUAUCCGAAGAAGACCGCAUGGACAGCAAUUGCAUGGCCGCUGCGAUGGAGGCAAUGAGAGUCAAUUUGGCCGUGUUGACUCCCACUGUCGCUGCGCUUCUCCAGCCAGAGAGGGUGCCAUCAUUACGCACUCUCAUCCUGGCUGGUGAAAAGCUUCCUCCCACAGUGGUUGACAGAUGGUAUGGACAUGCUUCUAUGUUCAAUAGUUAUGGGCCGACAGAAUGCUCCAUUAUGUCUCACAUCAGCAGUCCGAUCGUCAACAAAGAGCGAUAUGGCAACGUUGGAAGGGCAGUUGUGGGCACGACAUGGGUUGUUGAUCCAGACAAUCACAACAAUCUGAUGCCAAUCGGUGCCGUGGGAGAGUUGCUCAUCGGAGGGCCUCUCCUCGCACGGGGAUACCUUCACAAUAUCCAACAAACAGCAGAGUCAUUCAUCUUCGACCCUGGUUUCGUCAAGAAGUACGGGUUUGCUGCUCCUGGAGGUCACAGACUGCGCAUGUACUGCACUGGCGAUUUGGUCAAGCAAGAUCCUCGUGAUGGUUCGAUUAUUCCUGUCGGACGAGUCGAUGAUCAGAUCAAGAUACACGGACAACGAGUGGAAUUCGGCGAGAUUGAAGAUGCAGUCAAGCAGAGCCUGUCUGUCCAGAACAUGGCUGCAUCAGUCUUCAAACCCGAAGGAAAAAACGACUUCCUGCUAGCUGUUGCCUUGGAGAUGCCAGAAAUAGCCGACACUACAUCUGUCUUGAUGCCUCUGUCUGAUCCUCCGCGUCAAUCUCUUCUGCAGCUAUCGUCUACUUUGACUGAUUUUCUACCUUCUUAUAUGGUCCCGUCAUUUUACAUUCCUAUGCGGAAACUCCCUCUAACUGCCUCUGGGAAAUUGGAUCGGAUCUCCCUUCGCCAGGUCUUGGAGGGUCUGGAUGAUGAUAAGCUGUCUUAUUACUUCCUAGCUGAUGAUGCAUCUCACGAUAUCCGUCCAGCCACGCGAGUCGAAACGAAAUUGCAAGAUCUGUGGGCUUCAAUCUUGCCCACCGUCAAGGAUAAGAUCAGCAUCAACGCUCAUUUCUUCCGCACUGGAGGUGAUUCCGUCAGUGCAAUGCGGUUGGUCAGUCUCGCCCAGAGAGCGAAUCCUCCAAUAGACCUUACGGUGGCUGACAUCUUCCAUCAUCCUGUUCUGUCUGCUAUGGCGAGUGUCGUCGAGACUAAUAUUGGUAGCUGCUGUGCUAUUGACGAUGAUCCAUUGCCAUUCGCUCUGUGGAAUGCUUCACAUGCACAGUCUGAUGCUCGGACUUCAAUUGCUGCUGAAUGCCAGGUUCCAGCUGAGGCAAUCGAGGAUAUCCAUCCAUGUAGCCCGUUGCAAGAAAGGCUCACAGCCAUCACUGCCCGGCAGGCACAGGCAUAUAUGGCCCAGUUCACCUUCCGCAUGGGUGACAAAAUCGAUACGGAUCGCUUCAGAAACGCAUGGCAGCAGAUCUUCGACAUCUGCUCUAUUCUGCGAACCCGUAUUGUUCAGGACCCACUAUCAGGAAAUUCCAUGCAAGUAGUGGUUCAACAGGAUAUUCCUUGGAUCGAUGUUGCGUCUGAGUUGAAGGCAUUCUUGGCUGACGACAUGGCAAAGCCAAUGGGCUUUGGUAACUGCCUGUCCAGGUUUGCCGUUGUUAGGAACUCAUCCGAGCGCUUCUUUGUCUGGACUGCUCAUCAUAGCAUCUACGAUAGAUAUACUGUGCAAAGGCUUCUUGAGGCCGUCUGGCGAGUUUAUCACAACCUCUCUGUCCCGUCAUUCGUGUCGUAUGCACGGUUCAUUCGACACCUGCAAAGCGUGAUGUCAACCGAAGAGACCAACCAAUACUGGCAGUCCCAAAUCCCACAACACACUCAAGCCAGUAGCUUCCCAUUCAUGCGACAAGGCGUCCAACUAUCUUCAUGUCGACGAUUUACCCAUAGUAUCAACUGCACUUCCGGUCAAGGCGAAAUCACCACGGCUACACUUCUUCGCAGUACCUGGGCACUUCUUCUAUCCAGCGAGACAGACAGUCAAAACGUAGUCUUCCCAACAACUCUUUCUGGCCGAUCAACUGCCAUUCCAGGCAUUCUGGACGUGAUGGGCCCGACAAUAACUAUUGUGCCGGUUCACAUCCAACUCGAUCGACAGCAGACGGUGUAUGACUAUCUCAAAAAGGUUCAGAAACAGGCCAUUGACAUGGUUCCUUUCGAGCACACUGGCCUGCAGAAUAUCGACCUGCCCUGUGAAUUGCAGCAUCCAUUCAUCUUUCAGGCGUCAGCCGACCAGCUCGAUCAAGUCUUUUCUGGCCUUGAGCCGUUGCCUGUUGAAGCACCCGAAUUCUAUGGCUGUCCUCUGGUGAUCGUAUGCAUCCCUCUCAACGGGUCUGAGAGUGGCAUCAACAUUAAUGUUCGAUUCGACCCGACCCUCCUCCCUGAUGUAAAGAUACAGAGUCUGCUAGAGCAGUUCGAGCAUGUCUUUGGUCAGCUCCAAAUUGUCGCCGCAACCAAAAAGAUGUCUCUUGUUGGUGAUAUCGAUCUUGUCAGUCCUCGAGAUAUCUCCCGUCUCCGUGAACUGAACAGCAACACCAAUCAGAUCACCGAUGACUGCAUCCAUAAGCUCGUCCACCAGAAGGUUCUUGCUCGUCCAGGGGCACCCGCCGUGUGUGCCUGCGAUGGCAGUUUCUCCUAUGGCCGUUUAUACAAUUUGUCUUCCAAGCUGGCACACCAUCUUGUCCAUAUAGGCGUCGGGCCUGAAGUCCCAGUGGCGUUGAUGUUUGAAAAGUCGCGAUGGGCCGUUGUCGCUGAACUGGCCAUUCUCAUCGCCGGUGGUGUGAUCGUUCCUCUCCAUCAUCAGAAUCCAGAGGGUCAGAUCCAGACCAUUCUCGAAGCAACCAAAACAACGAUCAUGCUGACUUCCUAUCGUAACCGACGAUUUCGCCAUCGCAUCCAGCAUACAUUGGUUGUCAAUGAACAACUCAUUGGAAGGCUUCCUCGCAAGCAAGGUUCGGCCUGUAUAACUGUCGGUUCCAAAAAUGCAGCCUUCAUCAUCUUCACGACCGGAAGUACCGGCGUUCCCAAGGGUGUUGUGCUUGAACACGGUUCUCUCGUCACCAGCAUGCAAGCCCAUGGCUCUCUCUAUGCAGGGUCUUCCAACCGAACCUUGCAGUUUGCUGCUUUCAACUUCGACGCCAGUAUUUCAGAGAUCUUCACCACGUUGAUCUUCGGUGGAUGCAUCUGUGUCCCUUCUGAGGAAGCCCGUCUCAAUGACUUGGCUGCUGCAAUCCAAAAAACGUCUGCCAACUAUGCCAUGCUAACACCGACCGUGGCUAGUCUGUUGAAGCCAGAGGAUGUCCCUUCAAUGAAGAAGAUUCUGUUCAUCGGUGAAGCUCUGCGCCAAGAGGUUGUGAAACGAUGGAUAAAUAGUUCUGCUGAGCUUCACAAUGGAUAUGGACUGACUGAAUGCUCUAUCCUGACCACCUUUAGUCCCCGCAUCACAGAUCCGAAGCAGGCUUCAACACUGGGCAGGGGACUGGAUACUUGCAAUACUUGGGUCGUGAAUGCGUCUGACUAUCAUCACUUAGUCCCAAUUGGAACAGUGGGUGAGCUACUCAUUGAAGGACCCUUCCUUGCUCGUGGUUAUCUCAAUGACGAGGAAAAAACAAAUGAUGCCUUUGUGACAGAUCCAGCAUGGUCUCAACGUGUUGGAGCAGGAAAAAGAAGACUUUAUCGAACUGGAGACCUGGUGCGGCAGAAUCCCGAUGGCUCCAUCGUGUAUAUGGGACGACGCGACACCCAGGCCAAGAUCAACGGGCAGCGAGUCGAGAUAGGUGAGAUUGAAUUCUGCAUCAAGUCGAAGUUGCCUCAGGUCGGCCAAGUGGCUGCUGGAAUGGUUGAAGUUGCAUCCUCAGGAAGCGGCAAAGUUCUUGCUGUGGCGAUGGAGAUGAACGGUCUAUCCAAGGAAAAGACAUCACUUUUGCCUCUCUCGGAUGAUCUACAACAAUCUUUCUCUGCGCUGCGAACUGCCCUCCACGAUGUCCUGCCAUCAUAUAUGGUCCCUCGUCUGUAUCUUCCUUUCUCGAAGCUGCCUUUGACCGAUUCAGGCAAACUGGAUCGCCGGGGAACAUGGACCAUCAUCCAAGAGACUCCCUCGUUGCAUGAAUACUUCCUCCAUGGCAAGAUCAAGAUCCCACCGUCUACCACAACUCAAGCCCAGCUGCACAAGCUGUGGGCAGACAUCCUCAAUAUCCCAGGUGACACACUUGGAAUCAAUGAUGACUUCUUCCGCUCGGGAGGGAAUUCGAUCACAGCCAUGCAGUUGGUCACCAAGGCUCGUGCUGAUACUCCUCGUCUUGCUCUGAAGAUGGCGGAUAUCUUCCAAUUUCCAGUUCUGUCUGAUAUGGCUGCCAACACAAAACAGCUGAAAAACGAACACCCAAUUAUUCCUGCUGUUCCAUACAAACCCUUCUCUGCCAUGGCUGAUGACGGCAAGUCUGUUGAUUCCCUCAAGCAAGCUCUUAUUCCCUUACUGUCAGCUCCCAAGAACAUGAGUAUCGUUGAUGCUGCCCCAACAACAGACACACAAGCACUCUUUGUGGUUGGAUCCCUGCGCAAGUCCCGAGAUGCUCUGGCUCAUCUCAGUAUCGACGGUGAAGGGCUGCCUGAUAUUCCUUGCUGGAAAGCUGCCUGUCUGGAAUUGACCAAUGGACAUGAAAUGCUGCGAACAUCGUAUGUCUACUACGAGAAGCGAUUGAUUCAGGUUGUUCAAGAGACUUAUCGGCCGUACAUUCCAGUCUUUGAGACUGGUAAUAUAACCAUUGAUGAAUUCACAAAGGAGCUCAUUGAACGAGAUAUGGGUCGCCGUCCUCAGUUGGGAAGACCAUUAGUGGAGUUUGCCAUUGUCACCUCGAGACAGUCCGGCUGUCAUCGUAUCAUCUUCCGCCUCAGCCAUGGCGAGUAUGAUCAGAUGGCGCUGUCGUACUAUCUGGAUACUCUGCAGGCCAUCUACAACAGCCAGUCCAUCGCACAGUAUCCGUCAUUCUGCAACUACAUCUUCCAGCUUCAACAACACAAUAAGGAGGACAGCCGGUCAUACUGGCGCUCUCUUUUACAACGAUCAUUUAUGCCCGUCAUUGGGACCAGAACAAACAAGGGAUUCCAAACUCCGGCCAAACUAAUUCAUCACAAAACUUCUAGAGCUUAUGCCACUGGAUCUCUCCCCAAAAGCAUCACUCCGUCAAUCGUUAUACAGGCAGCGUGGUCAUUGGUUCUCGCCUGUCAUGUCGGUCGCCCUGACAUUCUCUUCGGUGAAACGGUGUCUGACCGUCAUUUGGAUGAUCCUGUCAGUCAAAAAGCAGCUGGUCCUUGUGUCAACGUCAUUCCUGUCCGAGUCAAGUUCGACGAGUCGUUCACACUUGCCCAACUCUUCCAUUACCUGCAGGAGCAGCAUAUUGCCCGGCAGCCCCACGAGGCAUCGAGUCACCGUGACAUUCUUCGAUCCUGUCUCGCACGGCCAACGCCAUACUUUAGUUCCCGGUUGAACCAUCUCAACAAGAUACCGAAGUGGUCGCUGUCGAUGGGCGGCGUGGAUUAUCGUGUCUCAAUGGCCUCUCCCGAAAGCGCUCAAGACAUGCCUGAUAUCUCCAUCACGACUGCUUUGCAUGGGGAUUAUGUUGAGAUCAGCUUCGGGUAUCUGGAAGGCAUCGUGACCCCUGAGCUGGCCGACAAUCUCCUAUCU